AUGUGGCAGAUAAAAUCUACAGCGGCAGUUCGGGAGAUUAGCCCUCAUUUUUCUAAGUUCAUUAUGUCUAAAAAUGCAGACAAACUAAAGGUCAGUAAAGGGCCAAAUUGGACGCUAUUAGCCGAACACCGUGCUUCCAAGAACUUGAAUUCUGGGUUCAAGCAUGGAACAUACCUCUCCACUGGAUUUCAGGCAAAGGAUCUACGUGUUCCUCAUGGAGGAAACCUAGCUGGUAAAUGCAUCAGAAUCCUAGUGGCUUUAGUUCUGGAAAAGAAAACCUCAACCACCUACCAAAUUGUUGAUAUGGCUCAUAUAUUGACAAAGGAAGGAGGCAGGCCGAUGCCUACAAGCGGAGCGGAGCGAGCGAAGCGAGCGGAGAUACAUUGUGUAUUGAUGCACAUUGCCGAACCACGUAAAUCUUGUGUCGUUUACUUUCUCGUCUUUAAUUCGUAUUGUUCUCGUUUCACAACACAAAUGAAACAACAAACCAUCUCUCAAAAACCUAAAGGGAAAGAGGAAUCUGGAACUACUAAUGAUAAUGAAGAAGAAGCUGAUCAGACAACAGGUAACAAUAGAGAACAUGAAGGGUUCAUUGAGGAAAAACUUGACAGGAUAUUUGGUUCCAUUGACUGGUCUAACCUUUAUUCCUCAGCUCAAACCUUUAACAUCUUCAUAAGAUCCUCUGACCACAAUCUAGUCCUGCUAAAUUACUGCCCUAGUAAUUCUAAGAACAAGAAGAGGUUUUUAUUUGACAAGAGAUGGCUUGGCAAGGAGGGAGUAGAGCAGAAAGUCCUCAAAGCUUGGAGCAAACUUCAGCAGGAGACUGGAGAAAAUAGGGCCAUCUUACCAGAGAACUCAAUGAAGCGUAUGCCUUUGAAGAAAGGUAUUGAGAACAGAAAUCGAAUGAGGAUUAUCCUAGAGGCUAUGAAUUCUGACUUGGUUGCUCUAGUGGAUUCAGAUGAAAUCAAGAAGGCUCUCUUUAGAAUCCAUCCAAACAAAUCCCCAGGACCAGACGUUUCUCAGUUUAGGCCCAUAAGUCUCUAUAAUGUGGUUUACAAUGUUAUCCAUUUUCUGAAAAAUCAUAGAAGUGGAAAGCAUUGUUACAUGGCUAUCAAACUAGAUAUGGCAAAGAUAAUGAACUACUUAACCUCCUCUUCUUUUUCUUUCAAUAUUAAUGGGGAAGCCUGUGGCUUCACCACUCCAUCAAGAGGAAUAAGGAAUCAUACCAAUUCUCAUAUUACUUGGGUCAAGGAACUAAUGUAUGAAAUAAGGAGAAUGUGGAACAGAAGGCUCAUAGAGAACUUUUUCUCUCAACUUGAUUUUGAGGCAAUACUAAAGAUUGAAGGUCUUGAUCCUCAUCAGCCAGACAGACUCAGAGGGGAUUGGGAUAAGAAGGUAAAAGAAAGCAAGAAGGAGAUGCUGGAGGCUAAAAGUCAAAGGAAAGCUCAAGAACUUCUUGUGAAAGGGGUUAACAACAUCCUCCAUGUUCUUUGCAAUGUUAAUGCUACUGGAGGGUACUUUUGUCCGCUGCGCUUGUUGUUCUAUCCCAACAAGUGGUAUCAGAGCCGAAAGUUCGUCCUAAGCUCAUUCAGUGAGGCGAGUACUGCAUUUGAGUUUGAGAUGUCCAUGGAAGUCAAGGGCGCAUCAUCCUCUGCACUCAUUCUGGCAAGGACAGUGAUGUCUAAUGUCAGACUCCCGGUGGAGAUCUUCUGUAACACCCCGCCUUGA